UUUCCAGGUUAUCAUCCUUGUGAUUCUCUACGUCGCCUGCUUAGCAAAGUCUUUUGCCCAGCAUGGCACAUCUCCCUGAGUCGUCUACCUCCAUUGAAGUAUUUGCUCUUCCAACAGGAAAGCUUUAUCUUCCCGAUCGCUGGCUUUUCGAGGAUGGUAACGAGGAUAUACGUUCAGCACGCCAGCACUCUCCAGACUAUAGUUUCCUCAUUCAUCAUCCGUCUGGAAGGAAGGUUCUUUUCGAUCUAGGCAUGCGAAAGGAUCUUGAAAACCACCCCCCGAUUAUUGUGGACGAGUACCCAUACAUCAGCCCAGAUGUCCCCAUGGAUGCAGCCGAGAUUCUAAACUCAGGCCCCAUUCCGCAGAUAGUAUUUCUGCUAUUGUGCUCUCUCACCUGCACUUUGAUCAUGUAGGGGACUGCGACAAAUUUCUCCACGCUUCUGUCAUUGUUGGUCCAGGGAUCCGGGCGGCCAUAAUGCCAGGAUAUCCCUGUGAUACGAGGUCACCCUUCCUAGGUUCAGUUCUUGAUCACCCUGGAUUCCUAGAGCUCAGCCUUGAAUCAGACAAAUGGGUACCAGUUGGCCCAUUUCCCCGCGCCUACGACUACUUCGGUGACGGCAGCUUCUAUUUACUUGAUACACCCGGCCAUAUGCAGGGUCACUUAAGUGGCCUUGCACAGACUGGAGCACAAGAGUGGGUGUUCAUGGGGGGGGACUGCUGUCAUCACCGUGACCUUCUCUCAGGCAAGAGACCUGUGAGCGUUACAGUAGGACCCAACGGAACAAAGAGCUUUCACAAAGACCCACAAACUGCUAUUAAAACGAUGGGCUUGGUAAGGACACUGGAGUCAGAUGGAAGGGUGUUUGUGGCAUUGGCACAUGAUGCCACUUUGGAGAAAGGUAUGCCCCUAUAUCCAGAAAUGUUAAAUGGAUGGAAGGGAGGGCAAUGGAACAAACAGAUCCGUAAACUUGUUGCACAAAUGUAAGGUUCUAGUUAUGUGAUGACCUUGCGCGCUAUCAAAGGCAUUCGGACUAUUGGAUCGCAAUCCUGCAAGUUUCAUCCUUGUUAUGUGCCUGUACCGUUUCACAUUUUUUCGUUGUUUUAGUUCUGAGACUUCUGUCUUUUUCUCCAUCCCCCAAGAUAUGCUACUGGUUGUCAGAACCAUCACUUGCGUCUGAACUUAUAUGGGUAUUCCACGGCAUAAUGCACGCUUGAUAGGGUGCAGGACAGCGCAAAAGACAAUAC